AAAGCAGUUUCCUGGAGAGCUCUGAACUUGAGCCUUGAAAAGCUUAUAUACUCCAAGCUGCAGAAGUGACCUCUCUCUCUCUCCCCCAGACUUUUUGUCUCUAAACACAAAAGGCAAUGCAACCAGCCGAGAAAUACCUUUUCACAUACAAAGGAUUUUAUUUCCAGCCAGACAUGGCGUCAAUGGAGUACUUAGAAACCCUGGAGGAUUUUGAAAUAAGAGACAGUGAUGUGUUUUUAGUCACUUAUCCAAAGUCAGGCACAAUAUGGACUCAAAAUAUUCUGAGCUUGAUUUAUCAUGAAGGUCAUCGAGAUGGAACCGAAAAAGUCGACUUACUAGACAGGGUUCCGUGGCUGGAGUACAAUAUCCGCAAUAUGGAUUACAUCAGUCGCCCAUCACCUCGCCUCUUUGCUUCCCAUCUACCCUACUAUUUAGCACCCAAGGGAUUAAGGAACAGAAGAGUGAAGGUUGUUUAUGUAGCCAGAAACCCAAAGGAUGUCUUGGUUUCCUAUUACCAUUUUUCCAAAACUUCACUCAAAUUAGAAGAAGUAGAAGAUUUUGGAAUUUUCAUGGAGAGGUUUUUGGCUGGAAAGGUACUUGCAAAUUCAUGGCUGGACCAUGUGGAAGGCUGGUACUCUCACAGGGAUGACUUCGAUAUCCUGUUUCUUACCUAUGAAGAAAUGAAGAAGAAUCUAAGAAGCUGUGUAUUGAAAUUAUGCAACUUCCUGGGAAAGAGACUGACAGAAAAGGAGGUGGAUGCUGUUGUGGAUCAGGCUACAUUUAAUAAAAUGAAAGCAGAUCCCAGGGCAAACUAUGAGUUCUUGCCACCUGGUCUCAUAGACCUCAGCAGAGGACAUUUUCUUCGCAAAGGCACUGUUGGAGACUGGAAGAACACGAUGACAGUCACACAGAAUGAAAGGUUUGACAGCGUUUUUAAGGAGAGAAUGGAAAAGUUGCCCAUCAAGUUCUGCUGGGACAUCAAUGAUGAAUUAUGCGCUGCAAUAUCGAUGUUAAAACGUCACAGCACUCUUGCAAUGAUGGAAGUUCUGCGUUCAGGACACUCGCUCUCUGUGUUAUCUGACAAACUCCUUCUCUUUGACCUUACUGCCUUGGGUGACUCUGCUGGGAGUACGAGGUUCCCGACGGCUUCGCUCACAAGGGUCAUAGGAACAUGCAAGCCCACUCACCACGACAAGGCAAUGCAACCACAUGAGAAACACCUUUUCACAUACAAAGGAUUUUAUUUCCCGGCAGAAUUGGUUUCCUUAGAUUCCCUGGAGGAUUUUGAAAUAAGAGACAGUGAUAUAUUUAUAGUCACUUAUCCAAAGUCAGGAACAGUAUGGACUCAAAAUAUUUUGAGCUUGAUUCUGCAUGAAGGUCAUCGAGAUGGAACUGAACACAUAGACUUACUAGAUAGAGCUCCAUGGCUGGAGGCCAAUGUCCGCAAUAUGGAUUACGUCAAUCGACUGUCACCACGACUCUUUGCUUCCCAUCUGCCCUACUAUUUAGUACCCAAGGGAUUAAGGAACAGAAGAGGAAAAGUUGUUUAUGUGACCAGAAACCCAAAGGACGUCUUGGUUUCCUGUUACCAUUUUUACAAAAUUGCAGUCACAUUUGAUGACGAAGAAGAAGAUUUUGGAAUUUUCAUGGAGAGGUUUUUGGCUGGAAAGGUAGUUGCAAGUUUAUGGCUGGACCAUGUGGAAGGCUGGUACUCUCACAGGGAUGACUUCAAUAUUCUGUUUCUUACCUAUGAAGAAAUGAAGAAGGAUCUAAGAAGCUGUGUAUUGAAACUAUGCAACUUCCUGGGAAAGAGACUGACUGAAAAGGAGGUGGAUGCUGUUGUGGAUCAGGCUACAUUUAAUAAAAUGAAAGCAGAUCCCAGGGCAAACUAUGACUUCUUGCCAGCAAAUUUCAUGGACCACAGCAAAGGACAUUUUCUUCGCAAAGGAACUGUUGGAGACUGGAAGAACACGAUGACAGUUGCACAAAGUGAAAGGUUUGACAGUGUUUUUAAGGAGAGGAUGGAAAAGCUGCCCAUGAAGUUCUGCUGGGACAUGAGUGAUCUAUUAUGAGUUUGCUGAGAGCGUGAAAGUAAAAAAUAAUGAGCAUGGUAUGCAUCUAAUCCAGGCCUAUUUGUAAGAUUUAGCAAAAAAACAAACAAACCACUCUCAUGUGGCUUAAUGGCUUCCUAAUGUUCGAAUAUGUACAUUUUUAAAAAAACAACAACAACACCACAAUAUGUUUUGUCUACUUCUUCUGUUUCUACAUUCCAGCAUGUCCUAAUUUCUGACUUUAUGUGCAAAGGUCAAGGAAUCCCAAACUAACUAUUGGGCUUAGUAACUGUAUUAUAAUUUGGCACUGUUAUAAUGAGGCUAGCAUUGGAUUAUUGUAAUUGAAAAUUAAUAAAAAUUAUUGUGAGUAAAAA